AUGUCAGGAAGCCGUUGUCCGACUGUUAAUAGCUCGAAAGCUAAUCCAACACAUCAGUCUACUGAGGCCUUGGGUGCCAACAGUCUGAACGUGCAACAUACGGGCACAGCUCCAACAUUAUCUCGCUACCCGGUUGCUGUCCUCCUACUGGGCGGCUUGCCCAACGAACAAGAAACCAUCAACCACAACGCAGUCCCCGAGCAAGUCGAGAUAAACCCCACAAAGGAACCUCUAAUCUGUUGGCUUCUGCUCAAACAACCCACUGGACCAAAGUGCCCUCGUAAUCGUCACCGUCGGGCAUCCAACCACGACAGUCGCCACCCAACUUCGCCACUAGCGGCUGGACACAGACACAGAGCAGCAACAUACAUUCUUCGCCUUCUGCCAGCGUGGAGCAAAGCAACGUUGCCACGAGCAUGGCGGAUUGUUGGAAAACAUCGAGAAGACCGUGCCAGUGCCAGUGCCAGAUAG